ACCAUGUAUCUUUUUCCUACAAGUGCUUUAUCUCUAUAAAGGGAGCAAUGGUUUCAGAUCUUCAUUAUAUCAGAAAGAGAAAAAAGAGGAGACUAAAAAAGAAUGGCAAAAUUGUUUAUUAAGCAGGCACAACAGUACUCAAAGGGCAGGCCAAGUUACCCUGAAGAAUUGUUCAAUUUCAUAGCUUCAAAAACCCCUUGUCAUGACCUUGUUUGGGAUGUUGGCACUGGUAGUGGCCAGGCUGCUCAAUCUUUGGCUAAGCUCUACAAGAAUGUAAUAGCCACAGACACAAGUCCAAAGCAGCUUGAGUUUGCCGUAAAGGUCCCUAAUGUUCAAUAUAUAUGUACUUCUCCCAAGAUGUCAAUGGCCGAAAUCGAAACCAAAAUAGGAGCAGAGUCAAGUGUAGAUUUGGUCACAGUAGCUCAAGCAAUGCAUUGGUUUGAUCUUCCAACUUUUUAUCAACAAGUAAAAUGGUUAUGCAAGAAACCAAAUGCAGUAAUAGCAGCCUGGUGUUACACUGUGCCAGAAGUAAACAAUUCAGUGGAUCCAAUUUUUGAGAAAUUUUACACAGUUGAUGCUGGACCAUAUUGGGAAUCUCCGAGAAAAUUAGUGGAUGAAAAGUAUAAAACUAUUGACUUCCCAUUUGAGCCUGUAAGUGGUUGUGAUCACAAUGGACCAUUUGAGUUCAAGAUUGAGAAAGUGAUGGACUUGAAUUCUUAUUUCACAUACUUGAAGUCAUGGUCAGCUUAUCAAACAGCAAAAGAAAAGGGUGUUGAGCUCUUGACUGAUGAUGUUGUUGAAAAAUUCACAAGUGUUUGGAAUGAAGAUGGAGAGAGUCAGAAAACUGUGUCUUUCCCAAUUUACUUGAGGAUUGGCAAAGUUGGAAAUUUGUAAUGAAGGUGAAAUCAGUAUUAUUAGUUUCUCAAUUUGUAGAUUAGGGAAUUUAGAAUCUGCUGUUGAUCAUCAAUUUUGUACUUUCUGCUGGUUGUUUUCUAAUAAAGUGUUUUAGUACAAUUAAAACAUCUACUUGUAUUACACAACUAACGUAUAAUAAUUGAUGUUACUGGAUGGAGUUAUCUUA